GUGAAUGGGACGCGCAAAGUGAAAGGCGUGUUAAGUUAACGAGAGUAGGCAAAAGAAAAGCGCCGUGGCUAAUUUAAAAAUUAAACACCAGUGAUGCCUCCCUGUCAUAUGUUCUGAAAUAACCCAAUGAUUAUGGCUUAUUCAAAUUGACACUUUCUUUUUACUUAGUAUGCCAUACAACAUAUAAUAUAAAAACGAUAGAAUCACCCGCUGUAAACGUAACUUUAUCAUCUUGUUUUAGAAGUCAACACCGGAAGUGUUGACUUUAGCAGUGCUACCUCGACGCACUUGCGUAGCCGGCUGGAUGCCUUCCAGAACCGAAAGUGGCAUUAAAGGCGGCCAGUUUGUCGUCUUCGGUCCGUCUCAUCGCGUCUCUUUUACGGGCAACUAGUGACGGCUUUCCCGGCGGCGUCCACUUGGUUCGGUCGGUGCGUUUUGAGAGCCGAGAGAAGCAAACAUGGAGAUCGAGAAGGAAGUGAAGAAGAUGACGCUCGGACACGAGUUUGGCGCGGGCGCUUCCUGCCUCAAGUGUAAAGACAAGUGCGAAGGGUUCGAGCUUCAUUUCUGGAGAAAAAUCUGUCGUAACUGCAAAUGUGGCUUGGCGGAACACAACGUGCAGAUGAACUCGGAGGAGAACAAAAAGGUGGGGAAACUCUUUGAGGACACCAAGUACACCGGCCUCAUCGCCAAGCUGAAGACGGACGGCGUCCCCGUGUAUCGCGGCAACGCCGUCACCAUCACGCUUGGCGGCCCCGCCACCGCCCACACCGUGUUACCCGCUGCCGCAGUCUCCGCCGCAGCAGUACCUCAAGCCGCCGCUAUAGCCGCAGGUUCAGUCCCGCCGGCUGCAGCCUCAGUUGGCACCCCGCCUAGUGGCAUCCAGGCAUCCUCAAUUGGUACGGCGCCUGGAUGCCUCCAAGCAGCCUCAAAAGCUCCGCCGUCCGGCGGUGUCUAUGCCCGGCCGGCACAUCCUAGCGUUCCCCCCGGCAAGGCGAACACAGCGAGCGUUCACGUCAGUUCCACUCCAGCUAACGUAGUGCCAGUCGCCAAAGACGAGCCUCUCAAGUCCGUCACGUAUGAGUGGGCGCCCCCUGUGGCUAACAAAUAUGUGGCUGUGCGCUACAUUGAGCUGCUCCCACCCGAGAAGCGCCCCGUGGCGGGCACGGAAGGCGCCGCGUACCGCCGGCAGCAGAUGGCCCGCCAGUUGCCCGAGCACGACCAGGACCCGGCCAAGUGCCACGAGCUGAGCCCCGCCGAAGUCAAGAAGAUGCAACAGUUCGUGCGCAAGUACAAGGAGGAGGCGCUGGGUGUCGGUGAUGUGAGGCUGCCCGAGGAGAUGGCGCAGGUGCAGGCUUCGGCGGCGGCGGGUCAAGGUGGACCAGGUGGGGCUGGAGGGACCAAAGCAGCAGGGCCAGGAACUGCAGGUCUCAAGGGGGCCGCCGGAGCUGGAGGGGCAGGGGCCGCAUCGGCUGGAGGCGCCGUGGGUACCGCUGCCACCGCCGGAGCCAUGACUGCCUCGGGAGCCCCCCAACAAAGCUUCUCGUGCCGCCACUGCGCUCAGCCGAUGCUCGUGGGCGACCCGGCGGUGUACGCCGAGCGGGCGGGCUACGACAAGCUGUGGCACCCGGCCUGCUUCGUGUGCUGCACCUGCCAAGAGCUGCUGGUGGACAUGAUUUACUUCUGGAAGCGCGGCAAGCUCUACUGCGGACGCCACUACGGCGACAGCGAAAAGCCGCGCUGCGCCGGCUGCGAUGAGCUGAUCUUCUGCAACGAGUACACACAGGCCGAGGGCCAAAACUGGCAUCUGAAGCACUUCUGCUGCUUCGACUGCGACCUGAUCCUGGCCGGAGAGACGUACGUGAUGGAGCAGGACAAGCCCGUUUGCACGCAAUGCUACAUGAACAACUAUGCAGUGAAAUGCGCGGGGUGCGGUGAAGCGGUGGAGCCCGAGGCCCAGCGCGUGUCGUACGGUGCGCACCACUGGCACGCGGCGCCGCAGUGCUUCAAGUGCUCGGGCUGCGCCAAGGUUCUGAUGGGCCAGCGCUUCAUGGCGGCGCAGGGAAAACUCUUCUGCUCUGUCGAGUGCAAGAAGAACGCACCCGCUUAGGAGUGGAAUUCAAAAUGGCAGCGCGGCGUUGCGGGGGAAUCCAUUGAGGGAGUGCCUUUAAGUUUGUACUUUUUUUGAUGAUUCAGGUCUCAGUCACGUGACGGUUUAUUUUCAGAACAACUCCAUUAUGAUGUAUCUUUAAAAUGUGAAUAAAUGACUGAAUAUUUGCUGAUU